AGGGACAGCAGAGCAAUAGCAGGGAUUCUAAAACUCUAAGGAAUGAUGCCUGUUGACGUCUGUCCCAGGGAUAAGGGAUCCCAGUGGGCCUGGCUUGAGAUGGGACAAUGCUAUAGCAAGAAAUCUGUGGUCCCAGAGUCUGACACCCCAGAGAGAAGCAGCAUGACGUCUGGAAGUUUAGAGUCAGAUACACAACAAGAAAACAAAGUAUCGAAAGUGUCCCUGGAUACUGGACAGAUGGCGUUUACCUUGGCCCAACUUGAGUCAUUGGAGACUUGUCUGAAAGAAGCAGAAGAAAAGGCUAAAGCUUUAUCUGAACAGCUUUCAGUCUCUGAAGGAACAAAGUCAAAACUGCUUGAACAAGUAUCCCGGCUGGAGGAAAAACUGGAGGCUGUGGACCACAAGGAAGCCAGUGGGGAACCAUAUGAAAAAAUGGUUCUUGUGAAAAACCAGUGCAUCCAGAAAUUGCAAGCUGAAGUAAAAGCUUUCCAGGAGCAACUUACAGCCCAGAAACUAAAGCAUGAAAAGAAAGUGAAAAAGCUACAGACUGAUUUGGCAACAGCUAAGCAAGAGGCUGCCAUCACAGUUCUGGAACUCAAUGAGAAGAUAAAGACUCUAUGUGAAGGAAAGCCAGCCCCUAGAGAAGACAGCUCGCUGGAAGGGUUCUGUGGAGGUCUCCCACCUGUGGAAGAAGGUGAUAGAAAAAUUAGCCUGAUAAUGGAACUGUCGACCCAGGUUUCCCUUCAGACUGAGAGGAUCACUCAGCUGAAAGAAGUUUUGGAGGAAAAGGAAAGGAAGAUUCAGCAGCUGGAAGCUGAGCGGAGUCCCCAUCCUCCCCAAGAGGUCAAGGACCCUCUAGGAUGUUUACCAGAAGCCCCAGUUUUCUCUACUGAUGACAUCCCUCCUGUGGUCUCUGAUGAGAAUUUGUAAAGAUUCCCAGUAAGAAAACAAUAAAAGUUUAUUAAGUGUCAUCCA